UUCACUCACUCCAGCAACAACUUACUUCAGCGAAUAAUGGAGUCAUUUUCUGGGCUGGACCGACGGCGACGUAGAUACCUUUAACCCUUUACCCGAGGCAGAACGGAAUUUGCAAUUUGCUGUUUAAAAAGCGUCCCCCCCAUCCUUCCUGCAUUGUUCCCAAGUUCGCUAUCACUAUACUACAUCUACUUUUCCCAUCCACUGAGAUAGCUUCUAUUACUAUCGAUAUUCUCUAUCUAAAGUCCAUCAAUUGAAUAAUGUAAGCUCUUCAAAUUCCCAGCGCUGGUGUCAUUGACAUCAUCCCUGCUGUGUCUUCCUUUUUUUUUCACCUCGUCGUCAACACUAUUCGUUCACUUCCAUCAACUUCAUUCCCCCAUCAUCACCACCGCCACCGCCAACCCAGCCGCUACAAUAGCAAUAGAAACGAAAGACAAGAAAAGACACUGACAAUAAUUCCCCCAGAGGAAUUCUUACAAGUUACCAUCAUGUCUUUCCUCACCACCGUCCGCACAACCCUUGCCCCUCGUCUGGCCACCCCCCUCCGCCCCGCCAUGACCUCCGCUCUGCACACCUCCGCUCCCCGCGCCGGCCUCAACGAAAGCGAUCGCAACCGCGACGACCUCGACAAGAUCUACGAGGAGCACAAGAACGACCAACUCAAGCACAGCAAGCAAGGCACCGCCAAGUGGAAGCAGGAGCUGGCCAGCAACAGUGAAGCUUCAGUCAAGGCUGAUCGGGGUGACAUCGACAGCGAUGACAAGGACUUUGCGACGCUGCAGGAGCGCACGAAAGGUCUGCCCAACCGGGAGGGGAACGUGAAUAAGACUCAAUAGGUUCCUGUGUCUUUUCUUGAUCGUUAAUGAUUGCGCCUUGUAUUAUGUAUGUAUGUAUGGGGUUUUUAGCUUUUUUUAUUCAUCUAUCUGGGUUAGAUGAGAUCCAAUAUUAUCUUCUAUGAGAUUCUCUUGACAUGCUUUGAUACCGUGG